GAUUCCGCGAAAUUGUUUCUUGGAGUUGAGAGAUGUGCCGCUCGCAGUAAAAUAGGACAAGUUGACGCAUGUGUGGGAGCGCACAGAAAGGCGGAAUAAACGCAGACACAAUAGUUCCCUCUCCGAGCCGCUGAGGUUUCAUCGAUCCGGCAGUUAGAGGGAACGAACCCCGAGAAGGAGAAGAAGGAGAAAGAGAAGAAGACGAGGAGAGGGAGAAGGAGAGAGGAAGAGCCGGGAUUCAAAGUGCUAUCUUUGCUGUGGGGGUGUUUACUUACCCACCCUGCAGCCUCGACAAGAAGCGCAGCCUUUGCGGAAUAGUCACAUUGAAGACGACACGUGUGGAUGGUUAACCACAUGUUUCCUGUGGAGACCGCGGUCUGAUUACUUUAUGGUGUCCGAUUGUUUCUGAACGAACAGCCACCCUACCAACACACUGUCCCCUUCCUCCACCCGGAACCUGCUGUAGUGAUGUCGGAGGUCGGUGUCUCUGCAGACUGUGCCCCCAGCCGACCGCCGGGUCGGACAGAGGACGUGUUGAAAGAGAACCAGGAGAAUAGGACUUUGCUGAUGGUGGCAAUGAUUUUGUUGGACUUGAACAACCCCAGCGCCGUCAGCGGCGGAGGCAGCAGAUGUCUCGGGGGCACGGGCGACGCUGCGGGCGCGCAGGAGAAAGUGGAGCGGGGGAGUUGCCGGUUGAACGCCGGGGACAGCCGGGGCUCGGCGGCACCCAAACAGUCCCGGAACAAGAGGGCGGUGGCGGUGAGACAGGAGUCUCCCGAGAAGAGACACUGCUGUCCUUUCACGGGCUGUGGGAAGAUGUACGGCAAGUCGUCCCACCUCAAAGCUCACCUCAGGGUGCACACUGGUGAGCGCCCCUUCGAGUGUACCUGGCCAGACUGCGGCAAGAAGUUCUCGCGCUCGGACGAGCUGACGCGUCACUACCGCACACACACGGGCGAGAAGCGCUUCAACUGUCCCAUGUGCGACAAGUGCUUCAUGAGGAGCGACCACCUGACUAAACACGCACGGCGGCACGCGGGCUUCCAUCCCAGCAUGCUCCAGGGCUCCGGCGCGGCCAAGAGACGCCGCUGCUCCGUGUCCGUGUCCUCCUCUGACUCCGGAGACCAGAGUCCUGCGGGGGUGUGAGACGCGCCCUCAUAGCACAUAUACUGUAUAUACAUGAAGGUUCAUGCAGUAGACACAGAGGCAAACACAGACACAGCCACAUGUGGGGUGUGCACUUUUACACACACCCCGUCCAGUCACACACCUCAACCAGCCAGACCACUAUUUAAAGUUUUUCUACGCAUGCACCAGAUGUAAUCAAACUAGAGCUUCCCUCUCUGUGCCCUGAGGUGAUCGGUAUUUAUUUAAGGGAUAUUCAGGGUCUGUCUGACGGUUUCUAGUUGCUUUCGCCAUUUGUAAUUAUGUGUUGUGUGAGGUUUUUCCAUGUUUGCCUGGAACAGUCUGCAGUCUAGGAGGUGUUCAUGUACACUGACACUACAUGUGUUCACUUCCCGUCACAGUUUCAGUUUCAGGCCAAGACAACAGGAAGGGAGCAGAUCAUGACUGAGAUGAAUUAAGACGUUUUGGGACUGGUCGUUUCGUAAAUACUACUCUUGCGCACAUACACUCAUACUUGUACAGUUAUCGCCAGUCCAGGACAAGGUGAAUGUACAGUAUAGCAGUAUUAUCAUGUAAAUAAAUUAAACAGACUACUUUUCAGAUGGAUGCAUACUCAGUAUAGUUAAGUAUUAUUAGAGACAAAGCUAUAAUAGAGAGAAUUACAGAGCUUGGGUAUUUAAUUUCUUAUAUCUGGCUAUGGGCUUAGUAAAUCAGGUAUACUGUGAGCUUGUAGGCUUAGGCAACGUGUUUCCUGUAUGGAAGCAUACAUGUUGAUGCAUCAUAAUGAAGCAGAAUACUUUUAGAGUACUUCUGCUUGACCAUAAUAUAUAAGCAGACCUCAUGGGAAAAUACAAUUUUUCAGGCUUGAAUUUUGUCGAUAGUGCAGGAAAACGUAACAGGGUAAUAAAAGCCUUUUAAAAGGCAAAGUUUGAGAUUUAUUUUUCACUUUUUGGCGCCAAGACCAUAAUGAUUCAUGUUCAGUUAAUGUAGGAGGUCCGUGCCUUUCAAGGGUUUUGUAGCAGAGAUGAAUUUCUACAUUUUCAGCCUUUGGAGAUACUACCUAAAUGAACAUCAUCAGAUUCUUUAUGUUGAUAUUCAGUGCUACGGUGAAUAUCAGCCACUGUCUCGUAUGCCAACAGUGCCAGUUGCUGUACAUUGAAACUUUUGUUUACUCUCUAUCUGAACUGCAUUUCUUAUCAGGGAAUAAUGCAACGCUAGGUCAUUUCAACCAGUACUCACACCCCCUGGUGGUGAUGUGGAAGCACAACAUUUCUCACGACAGCAUUUUCCAUUUUCUGUUCAAGCAUUUCAAGGCACGCUCUCUCUGUUGAUUAGUUUGUUUUCCAAGUCUUUUGAAUUACAUCAUGUAGCAUGUUUGUAUGUAUUUGUUUGGUACAAUGUAUUUUUUUAAUUGUCUGGUAAUCUUUUGUAAUAUUACUAAUGGGAUGAGAGGUCUUAUUCGUCCACUGCAGGAGCCAGAAACCUUGUUGAUGUCAUUAAUUUUUCUUUUAUACUUGCAACACAAUGCAUUCAAACGUCCAGACAGAGUGUACAGGUAGGUGUAGUAGGGCGCAAACUACAUACAUUUGUAAAGUGAAAUGUUUUUUCUUUUUUCCGGCAUUAUGACAACUGUGAUUAGAUGUUGGUGCCUUUCAGGUUAAUGCCCUUACUUCUGAUGCUACUGUACUGUAAUCAGGGACUGUCAACACAGACCCCCAAGUUAUUGCAAUAUACAUAGCUGUGUAAUAAAUGACUGCUCAAAUGUUUUAACAUUAAAAUUAUUUUUCUUUCUACAAAAAAAAAAAA